AUGACAGCGCCCCUCCGCCGCAGCACACCGCACUCGCAACCUCACGCCCACGCCCACGCCCACGCCCACCCCCACCCCCACUCGCAGCUCCCCGCCUCGGCCUCCCAGUCUGCCCCCGUCGCCGAGUUCCGCUGCCUGUACACGCCCGACGUGCGCAAGAAGCAGAAGAAGUGGCACGAUGGCUACCUCAAGUUCCACGCCUUCAACAACCGCGUCAUGGUCUACGAUCACGCCCGCAACUUCCUCGGCGACACGUACUUCAAGGACAGCGACGCCCUGCACGAGGGCCACGAGCUUACCCUCGACAAGGGCGUCAUGGUCGAGGUCGCCGAGCCCGUCGGCCUCACCCACACCGACCUGACGCCGCUGUUCGAGAAGAAGCCCAGGGACCCCCCGCCGCCGCCGCCGCCGCCGCCGCCGAGUGCUCCUCCGCCACGCUUCCACCCGCCCUCGCUGGUCGCCCGUCCGCCCGCUGCGCCUUCCCACGCUGCGCCUGCCCACGCUCCACGCAUCAACACACAGCCCCGCCACAAGUCGCUCAGCACGCUGCUUGGGACGCCAAAGGGGCCAAUCGGAAAGUCAGUGCCCAUCCAGUCGCCAUACGACGCGCGCCAAGAGAAGGAAAAGGAGAAUGACGUCGCCGUGGACAGAGCAGCGAAGAGGCUGAAGAUCACGCACCGCCCCACAACCUCUGCCACCCUGCGAUUGUCGAGCCCAGUGCAGGAAGAGAGUGCGACGCCUAACAAGAGCCUCCCACCCUGGACCAACACAUGGGAUGCAAACACGCCUCGCCAGCCUGCACGACCGACACCACGAGCGUCUGCAACCACGCUGGAGGAGCUGGAUGAUAUCGUGCACAUCUCCCCGGGCAUAACCAUGCCCAGCACCCCGCCUGCAGUCGUGCCAGCACCAACCAAGGCCGCCGUCACACCCACCCCGUCCGUCAGACCUGCGACCGUCGAGAAGCCAGCACUGCAAACACCCAGAAUACCUAGAGGCAAGGUGCCUGUACCGAGUGUCAAAGCGCUGGAAACACCCAGAGUCCACGCACCGCCUUCCUCUCCGCCCGUCAGUGCCUCCAACCGACUGACCAACGUCGACUUUGCCAUGCAACCCACACCAGCCAAAGAGUCACAGACAAGGCCAGCCAAACAACCAUCACCGCCACCGCCCGCGCCACCUCCUCAGUCUUCUCCUCGACAGCUCAAAGCAAAGUCCUUGCGACUGUCUGCUGGCGUGAAGCGAGGCACCCUGAUGAUGUGUCAACCUCCGCCUCUACGCCCCAAAGCAGCGAGCACACAUCGGACUGCAUCCCCAAGAUCGAGUUCAGUCAAAGCACCCGGCCUAUCUAGACGAGCACCUUCGCCAAUACCUGAACACACACUUUUUGAGCCACCCGCAUCCAAGGUCAAGCAAAAUGCCACUCCCAUUACCACGGACACAGGAGAACGAGCAAGGACCAAACAGACAUUACCUGACGAUGCUUUGGACGCAUGCGACGACGAUCAGGAAGUCUUCCAUGGCCUCAUGGAUCAGCAGCUCAUGAUAUCCCCUGUGUCGCCCGGCACACCACCCGAUCCGAUAGUAGUACCUGACAGGCCUGGAAGAACAGAGCUUGGUUCGAAAGAGAGAGCAGCAGCGCGCAAUGCCCACGGAUCACCUUCGCCAGGAGCCACAGAGCCUGUACGGACAACUGCUGCUGCUCAAGUCAAGAGGAAGCCGAUCCAAAAGCCACAACCAGCUCGCAAACCCUCCCCGCCAGCCCUGUCGAUUGCAGAAGCCCCAUCGAUGCAAAACAGAGCAGCUUCUCCAGCUCUCAGUGCCGUGUCAGACUCACGGUCACGCACUGCGUCGAUGUCGCCUCGAAAGCUCGCUUCUCUUUCAACUGGCGGUUUCCGCAAGAAGCCUAAGCGUACAGCACCACAACCCACGCCUGUGCCAGACAAACCUCCUCCAGUACCGCGCAACGAGACCAUGCCACUUCCACCGCAUCCCCUACGUGCCAACAAGAAAGGUCCUGUAAUGACAACCACCGAGCUUGCUGCAAUGCUACAGAAGCCAAAGAAGAGGCCCAAAGUGACGCUUGAACCCAUUGAAGACGACGGGACAACCGUAGGCAAGAGUCCAGAUCGAAAGUUCAGAAGAGUUCGCAGCGAAAGCGAUGCGCCGAUCCCCAGCACGAGCGACGACUGGGAGAAGAGAAACCUGCCAAAGCCCGCCGACGCUCCCGCCGAUGCAGUAUCUGCUGAUGCGGUUGAAACGCCAGAGAGACCAGCUGUGGUCACCAGGAAGAAGUCCGGCUUGGCAGCACUUGUCAAGAAGACCGACCCUCGGCGCAAGUUGGUACGCACGCAGAGCCUGAACGUCGACACUAGCACGCCGCCCGCUCAAGACACAGAGUCGCCGCUGCCGAGUCCAGUCGUCGACAAAGACGUUGGACCUUGGAGCACAGAGGCGGCAGAUUUAUUCGACUGGAGGCCCCCGCGGAGCGUGGAGGUGGAGGUGGAGGUGUGA